UCAAGCUCCGUCUUCCGCUUUCAGCAACGCGAUUCUGCCAACCGCUUCUUCGGUCUCCCAAAAACUGAAAAAUGACAUCUACUACCAUGGAAGCAGAGGAUAUGCAUCCUGCAUCAGCCCUUGUACCCGACUUUGCGAAAUGGUCUUGCAAUACUACCGAAGCCAUGCAGUUACGAUUAGUUCGUCAGCAACAGGGAGACUUUGCCGCCAGUGAACCUACUAUCUACGAUGAUAUCCAGCCCGAGUUUACCUAUUCAAUGUUUGGACAACAUGAAACCGCUUUCGGUUACAAGGAACUGAGUAUCAAGAUUUAUUACACUUCGGGAUCAUUACGACCCUACCUUCACAUCGAUUAUUCCGAUAAAUAUGUUCCUGCAUCGUCCUCAAAAUCCGACGGCGCUCCCGAGGUACAAGCCGAUGAUAUUGAAGCGAUAUUGAAAGGCUAUUUGCCUCCAGACUACUGCAAGAAUUACGACGAGUUUUCUCGUUAUGUACGUGAGGAUUCGGUUGAUUUUAAACCCAAUGGCGAAAAGUUGGCGGAAUACACGCGUGAAAGCGAAGAGGGCGAGGAAGAAACUUUUGAGAUUUACAAGUCAAGUUUUACCGAUCAUUCGUUCCGAAAGUUACAUCGUCGUAUGCAAUUCUUCGUGCCGCUGUUUGUGGAAGGCGCCACCUACAUUGAUGACGAAGAUGAAAAAUGGGAAAUCUACACAAUAUACAAACGGGAAGGCACCCUACAAGCGUAUCGUUAUCAUUUCGUCGGUUAUUGCACUGCUUAUCCGUUUUUCUGCUGGCCUGACAAUACACGAAUGCGUAUCAGUCAAUUCCUGGUAUUACCACCCUUUCAACAACAAGGUCACGGAAGCAAGUUGUAUCAGACCUUGUACCAAUAUUUUACGGCAAGAAAGGAUGUGAUUGAACUGACAGUGGAGGAUCCGAAUCAAGAGUUUUGUGAUAUGAGAGACAAGAACGAUUUCCGCCAUUUACUGCACCAGCAUGCAUUCGAUGGUGUAUCGGCGCCUGUUCCCGAAGCGACAGUAAAGGAACUUUGCAAAAAGUAUAAACUUACAGAGCGACAAGUCCAUCGGUGCAUUGAAAUAUAUCUGCUUUCCGGGCUGAAUAAGCUUAAUGCUGACGAUUACCGAACGUAUCGACUUCAAGUGAAAGAACGUCUUUACAACUUUAACAGAGAAGCAUUAGCGGAUAUGGAGCCUGAAGAACGCAAAGCGAAACUGCACGAAACGUACUUGUCGAUUGAAGAGGACUAUCAUCGAUUACUAGAAGUGCUUUGAAACAAACCGCUGGCUAAUAAUAUUUAAUGCAUUUGCUUUCUAUCAAAUGAUUGCCCCUUUGAGAGCCCAAAUGUUGAAUUUUAAGUCAUAACGGUAUGAGAAAAAACAAAGCGAAAGUGGACAUAUGAAAACAAGGAGGCAAACACAAAAACAG